UAUAGAUUGAGUCAUUGUCACGUUCUAAAACUUAUAAGAUAACUAUCUUAUAAGAUACAUUAAAUUGUUAAACUGCAAUGGUGGCUUUAUAUCGCAAUAUCGUUCUUAUUUUUGAAAUGACAGAAUCUCGUCAUUGUUGUUUAUUAUCACUCGUCGUAUUCUUUAAUAUUUGUUUAAGUUUUAGAACGUGACAAUGACUCAAUCUAUAACUCACUCAAUGCAAGUAAUGAUCGAGAAAGAAAGUCGGGAGAUGAUAACAACAUGGCCGGACAUUGUUCGUGAUAUCAUAGAUGCGAUUAAAGAUUUAAAUAUUCCAGAUGUCGUUAAGUGGAUAGAAAAAGUAUUGCAAUAUAAUGUCCUAGGAGGCAAGAAAACUCGUGGUUUGACAUUAAUUUAUGCCUAUAAAAUGCUGAUACCUAAUGAUCAACUUACAGAGGAUAACAUUCAUCUAGCACGGAUCUUAGCAUGGUGUGUGGAACUGGUGU